GAUUGUGCCUGUGGUGUAGCUGGAAACUGAGUCACAUCUUUGGAGGAGAGCAUCUGCAGUUGAGAGUCUCUGCAGAUUGCUGUCUCUUAGUUUUGAUCCAUCAGCCAGGUCUCUAGAAAUAGACCCAUUGCUACAAUCAAUAGUAAUCACAUCACACGUCAUGAUGUUUCCCUUGGCCAUAUAUGCACUAAACCAUCUCAAGAUUCAAAGCAUUCAGCAAGUUGUGGCAAGACAGGGCCACACAAAGCCCUCCUCAGAUUUUCAUGACAAAUACGGCAAUAUGAUGCUAAUUAGUGGAUCCACUUUCUGUUUUGUUGGAUAUGUGUUUUAUACAACACAGAUGGGGGUAGAAUGGAACCUGUCUCCUGUUGGCAGAGUUACCCCAAAAGAGUGGAAUAAGUAA